CUUCAGACACCGAUUUGCAGAAGAUUCUGGAACAUAAGUGGAACAGCUGAGAGUCUUCAGACCAUUUCUUGUCUUCUCUAAACUCAGAAAAAUCAUCUUUCACCUUCUAGAUGUCCAAGCCUUUCACCUUAAACUUUAAGCUUUACGUUUGCUGCCUGCGAACAGGCGACCCUCUCCAUCUGUUGGUGUUUUAAGGAGCUGGGGAGCUGAACUCACUCUGCUGAGCAGCAUGGCAAAGGUCAGACUUGUUUUAACUGUUUGCCAGGUGGUGCUAGAAUUGUUAACGAAUUCAUUAACUGAGUCUUCCGUACAGAGUAACGAAUGUCCGCAGCUUUGCGUCUGCGAAAUCAGGCCAUGGUUUACACCACAGUCAACGUACAGGGAAGCCACAACAGUUGACUGCAACGACCUUCGAUUAACAAAAAUCCCCAGCAAUCUCUCCAGUGACACUCAAGUCCUCCUGUUACAAAGCAACAACAUUGCAAAGACCACAGAUGAGCUCCAACAGCUGUUUAAUUUAACCGAAUUGGAUUUUUCACAAAAUAACUUCACAAGUAUCAAAGAUGUGGGGCUCUCAAACCUCACUCAACUGACUACAUUGCACCUGGAGGAGAACCAGAUCACGGAGAUGACCGACUACUGCUUGCAAGACCUUUGCAAUCUUCAGGAGCUGUAUAUAAACCACAACCAGAUCAGCAGCAUCUCCGCAAACGCGUUCUCUGGCCUCAAGAACCUUUUGAGAUUACAUCUGAACUCCAACAAAUUAAAGGUUAUCGACAGCCGCUGGUUUGAUUCUACUCCGAACCUGGAGAUUCUCAUGAUUGGAGAAAAUCCCGUGAUUGGAAUACUAGAUAUGAAUUUCAAACCCCUCUCAAAUUUAAGGAGUCUAGUUUUGGCAGGUAUGUAUCUCACAGACAUUCCUGGCAAUGCCUUGGUAGGCUUGGAUAGCCUUGAAAGUCUUUCCUUCUAUGACAACAAAUUGGUUAAAGUUCCUCAGCUGGCACUUGAGAAAGUUCCAAAUUUAAAAUUCCUGGAUCUGAACAAAAACCCGAUUCAUAAAAUUCAAGAAGGUGAUUUUAGAAACAUGCUCCGAUUGAAAGAGCUCGGGAUCAAUAAUAUGGGAGAACUUGUUUCUGUCGAUAGGUAUGCGCUGGACAACCUGCCCGAGCUCACGAAGCUCGAAGCCACCAACAACCCCAAGCUCUCCUACAUCCACCGCCUGGCGUUCCGCAACGUUCCUGCCUUGGAGAGCUUGAUGCUGAACAACAACGCCUUGAAUGCAGUCUACCAAAAGACGGUGGAAUCCCUUCCAAACCUGCGCGAGAUCAGCAUCCACAGUAACCCGCUCAGGUGCGACUGUGUCAUUCACUGGAUCAACUCCAACAAAACCAACAUCCGUUUCAUGGAGCCUCUCUCCAUGUUUUGCGCGAUGCCUCCGGAAUACAGCGGGCAGCAGGUGAAGGAAGUGUUAAUCCAGGACUCAAACGAACAGUGUCUUCCAAUGAUCUCUCACGAGACCUUUCCGAAUCACUUGAACUUGGAGAUCGGCAUGACCGUCUUUUUAGAUUGUCGGGCCAUGGCAGAACCCGAGCCAGAAAUUUACUGGGUCACUCCCCUCGGCAAUAAAGUAACCGUGGAAAGCCUCUCUGACAAAUACAAGCUGAGUAGCGAAGGCACCUUGGAAAUCUCUAACAUCCAGGUCGAAGACUCCGGGAGGUACACCUGCGUUGCUCAAAACAUCGAAGGGGCCGACACGAGGGUGGCCACUAUCCGGGUGAACGGAACGCUUCUGGACGGUACCCAGGUUCUGAAAAUCUACGUCAAGCAAGCCGAAUCGCAUUCCAUCUUGGUUUCUUGGAAGGUGAAUUCCAACGUCAUGACUUCCAAUUUAAAAUGGUCAUCGGCCACUAUGAAGAUCGACAACCCUCACAUCACGUACACCGCCAGGGUCCCGGUCGACGUCCACGAAUACAACCUCACGCACUUACAACCGUCGACAGACUACGAGGUGUGCCUGACCGUGUCCAACAUCCAUCAGCAAACACAGAGGUCCUGCGUCAACGUCACAACCAAAAACGCGGCUUUUGCGCUCGAUAUCUCCGACCAAGAAACCAGCACCGCCCUGGCAGCGGUGAUGGGCUCCAUGUUUGCUGUCAUCAGCCUCGCCUCCAUCUCUGUUUAUAUCGCAAAAAGGUUUAAGAGGAAAAACUACCACCACUCGUUGAAAAAAUAUAUGCAAAAGACCUCUUCGAUCCCGCUGAACGAGCUCUACCCUCCACUUAUUAAUCUCUGGGAAGGUGACAGUGAAAAAGACAAGGAUGGUUCUGCAGAAACCAAGCCAACCCAAGUCGACACAUCCAGAAGCUAUUACAUGUGGUAAACUCAGAGGAUAUUUUGCUUCUGGUAGUAAGGAGCACAAAGACUUUUUUGCUUUAUUCUGCAAAAACGAGAAGUUGAAGACUUUUGUAUUUUUGACUUUGCUAGUUUGUGGCAGAGCGGCGAGGACAGGUGGAUAUUUCAGAAUUUUUUAGUAUAGCGUAUCGCAAUUGUUUGACACAAAUGGCAGCUUCACCUAGCUUCCAGUUCUUUUUUUAUCCUUUUUUAUUUUUCUUUCCUUUUUCUUCUUUUUAUUUUUUUUUUUUUUUUAGUUAUCGUGCUAAACUUAACGCUGUUCUAACUACAGUGCUGAAUAAAAUUAAGGAGAGGCUGGGGUGACCCCGGGAUUCGGAAGCAGCACAACGCCGUUGUUGGGAAGCCAUCAGCAGUGCAGGAUCUCGUGAUGCCAACCCACAG